AUGGCGGACAACAAGCCAACAUCGUCAGAGCCCGAGGCCUCCUCUCUCGCCAAGUCCUUCGAAGAUCGCCUCUCCUUCCCCGCCGACGACAAGCAGAAGACGAAAGCUCCAAACCCACAGGCCAACACCUUCACUCCUUCCAAAUUCAACUGGGCCGACGAGGUCACUACACCCAUACAGGAGUCCGACAGACAGACCGACAAUGGUCCUGCUCCGGGAGACUUGAAAAGCAAUACACAAGCACAAGCGAGCACGAGUGACGAGGGGUCCUUAGAAGCGGCACAAACCGAUGGUGCGUCGACGUGGAUGAACGGGUCACAGGGCUUGGAUGAGCCCGAGUUCGACGUCAAUGUCAAGUUGGCCGACUUGCAGGAUGAUCCAAACAAUCCACUCUACUCCGCCAAGUCUUUCCAGGAGCUGAAUCUACGCGAGGAGCUCCUUCGUGGUCUCGCCACCAUGUCCUUCGCCAAGCCCUCCAAGAUCCAAGAGCGUGCUCUCCCACUUCUCCUCAAGAACCCCGCGCAGAACCUUAUCGGCCAAUCACAAUCUGGCACAGGCAAAACAGCCGCCUUCGUGCUGAACAUGCUGUCACGUGUCGACCUCGACAACAAAGCCCCACAAUGCAUCGUCCUCGCCCCAACACGUGAGCUUGCUAAGCAGAUCGCCGGCGUCGCCAAGAUUAUGGGUGUCUUUCUUGAACCUCUCGGCUUGCAGAUCGCCGAGGCCGUUCCACAAUCCGUUCCCCGUGGCGCACAGCUUGAAGGCCAAGUUGUUGUCGGCACUCCCGGCACUACCAUGGACAUGAUCAAGCGUCGCCAACUCGAUGUACGCUCUAUCAAGGUCCUCACACUCGACGAGGCGGACAACAUGCUCGAUCUGCAAGGCAUGGGCGACCAGUGCCAGCGUGUGAAGAAUCUCCUUCCGAAACAAGUCCAGGUUGUUCUCUUCUCCGCCACCUUCCCAGAAGACGUCCUGGCUUUCGCUACCCGCUUCGCACCUAACGCCAAUCAGAUCACGCUCGAAGUCGAGAAGUUGACGGUCAAGGGCAUCAAGCAGAUGUACCUGGACUGCCAAUCAGACGAGGAGAAGUACAAUGCCCUCGUCAAAUUCUACGGCUUGAUGACAAUCGCCUCGUCGAUCAUCUUCUGCCAUCGCCGCGACACAGCCGCCGAAAUCGAGCGCCGCAUGACUCAAGAAGGCCACAAAGUCGCCAUGCUCUCCGGCGCCCUCGAAGGCCAACAACGCGACGCCGUCUUCCAAGACUUCCGCUCCGGCGCUGCGAAAGUCCUCAUCACCACCAACGUCCUCUCCCGCGGCAUCGACGUCCAAACCGUCACCAUGGUCAUCAACUACGACAUCCCCGAGACCGUCGACCACCGCCCGGACCCGGAAACCUACCUCCACCGCAUCGGGCGCACGGGUCGUUUUGGCCGCACGGGCGCGGCGCUGUCUUUUGUGCAUAAUAAGCGCAGUUGGACGAAUCUGAUGGAGAUUUGCAAGCACUUUAGUGUCGAGCCCAUGCGGUUGGAGACGUCGGAUUGGGAUGAGGUGGAGAGGAAACUCAAGGCUAUUAUGAAGAAUGCGAGGAAUGUUGUUGGCGGGGAUGAGGGUGCGGCUGCUCCUGUGGCGGCGGCGAAUGGGAAUAAUGGGAGUGCGAAUGGGAAUGGGGUGGCGACGCCAGGGCAGGUGGAGGAGUCGAUGGCUGAUUAG